AUGGCUCUCAAACGCCCCCUCGCCUUCCUCAACCUCCCCACACCCCUCCGCACAACCACCUGCUCCCAAUGCCGCCACCUCCACCGCCUAAACGCCCCAACCCUCCGCAUCCCCAAACCAACCCCAUUCGUCCCAGACGUCCAAACCUUCCUCACCCUCAUCGGCCGCGGCCUCAGCCAACACGCCUCCAAGAUCCCCAGCUGGGACGCCCUCUUCAACCUCUCAUCAGACCAAUUGAAGGAAUCUGGCGUCGAGCCUCCACGCGCACGGAGAUAUCUGCUCUGGUGGAGGGAGCGGUUUAGGAAUGGUAUCAUUGGAAUUGGAGGGGACUUGGAUCAUGUGAGGGAUGGCACAGCGGAGUUGAGGAUCGUGGAGGUGCCGAGUGAGAGGCCUUUUGAUCGGAUAGCGACGUUGACGAAGGAUCCGGGAAUGCGGAAGAUGAUUGUGAAUACGCCGCCUUCAUUGCCCACGAACGAGGUGCCCACGAAGACGGAAGAGGAAGGGGGUGAAAAGGCAGAGACAUCGGCGGUACGAUCGGCUUCUCCUCCACCGAAGAUUGACCCUGCAGAUGCGAGGGCGGUUAUAGGAGUGAAGAUCUUCCAUGGCAAUGCCAUUGGUGGGCGUGGGGUCCAGCCAGUAAAGGGCAACAGAGGAUUGGCCGUGUUGAAAGUCCAGGAGGGACUAUGGGAGAAUCGGCAAGGAAGAAAGGUGGAUGGUGGUGAGAGGCGUAAGGCAGAGGGCGACGGCAUCCUCCAAGCCAAGCGCGACAUCCGGUACAUCGACGAUUUCGACGAAGCGCUUGGCCUGCGCGAGCUGCGCGCAAAGAUCGUCCACAAAGCCGGCAUCCUGUGGCCCGAGCUGCACACCACCAGUGCCUCCUGGCGUAACGCCAUGCCAGCGCGCGUCACCGCGAACAGCACGAUGCCCCUGCGCCUCUCCGUCUAUGCUGAGCUCUGCUAUGGGUCUGGGUCGGUGGAGAUCGUGCGGAGGUGGCUUGAGGGCGGUGCGCUGGAACGACUGGUCACGGCGUGGGUGAGAGACCAGCCGAACCCGACGCCAGAGGUCAGGUAUCGCUUUCACGUGCUGCUGGCUUGCGUCAUGUCGGUCGGCUGUAAACUCUCACAAGACAUGAUCGAGCUCACCGAGAUGAUCUUCGCACCGGACGUCGAGGGCAUGGUUAGAAGGAUCGACGCCAAUUGGUGCCACAAAGCUCUCGCUCUAGCCCAGCUCAAAUAUGCCUACAACAGAUACGCCCCGCCAAAGCCCGUCAAAUACCGUAACGAAAAGCCUCUCGAAACCGCCGCCCGAUGGACCAUCCCACCAACUUACAAAGGGCGCGACUUGUUGCUCCCGGACAUGGGCCCGACCAGAGUGUGGACAAAAACCUACGGCUUCGUCCGGCUGCUCAAGAUCCGCACCUCGAACAAGACCACGCUGGCCGAAACGGUCUUGCCUCCUAGCGACCAAGCGCUUCGACUCCUUCCCGUCUUCCCAAACGACACCUGUGCAGCUUGCGGCAGAAUCAAGAAGACCGACGGUGGUGCCCUCCUCGUUUGCGGUCGUUGCGGAGAUCGGUAG